AUGAGCUCAGUCUCGACAUGCUCGACGAUGCUCCUCCUCUCUUUCGGGGUCCUCCUUCUCUCUGCAAGCGCUGCAGUCACUGUAUCCGACGUGGAUUCCCGCAGAGCGGGUGGUGACAUGAACGGGGGCGACAGCAAACCGCCUCCUUCCAGAGAGGACAAGAGCCAAGGUAUGCAGGACUCUCAGCAAUACAUGGCAUCGAGGGAUAUGUGCCCGCCCUCGAGCACCAUGUGCCCCUCAUUCGAUGCUGUUCUGGCGGACAAGAAAGGGCAGUGUGUGAAGACAAUGGCACUUUGCUUUAAUGAAACGAUGAUGAGCGUCAAUCUUACGGCCCUGAACAUGCGAUGCACCUUAAAGAAUGACCAAUACUGUAUCGCUCAAGGCUCUUGCAGCAGGGGCUUGCCUUGCGCUCCCGCUGCUGUAGCAUGCAAUGCUAGCUCCUAUCGAUGUGCAGACUGGAGCUGUGCUGCCAGUCAACAAGAUUGUCCAACUUCUUCCCUUGGAGCGAAUGAAGUCCUUUGCUCCGAUGGCAUCACCAAGAAGAGCAACCUGCAAGGCUGCGCGAAAGCUGGAAUUACUUGGGAGGGUUGUCCACCACAAUCUACGGCAUGCAGCUCCAACCCGAACUAUUGCAAGUCUAGCACUGAGAGCUGUGAAGUUCUGACAGGCUGCAGCGAUGGUUUGCUGAGCUGUGGGCUAAAAAGAGACAGCGACGGGAAGGUGAUCAUGAACACUACCUCAAAGAGGCCCCAGUUUGUCUGUUCGCAGACCUGCGAUCGUCCGCCAACCCCGGAACCACGUACAGCCAUGCUCAUGCCAGGAACCGGCAACCAGGAGAUCAGGUUGAACUCCUCUGAUGGAAAGAUGGCUUUCGCCCUGCAUGCAAGCUCACAAAAUGCCUUCCGAAGAACUGACAACAAAUCUGAUGCCGUCAACUUCACCAUUUCUCCUGUUCCCUCAUCAGCGUUGCAAGAGGGACCAUUCGCUCAAUAUUUCAAAGCCGGAAAGAUCGUCAGCGACGUUAUAACCAUCGAGCCUUCAGUUGACUUGACAAUUGAAGGAGGCCUCAUGCUCGACAUCCCUCUUCUAGGCACAGCAGAGAGCUGCCAAGGCAUGCUGAAGCACCUUGAGUUGGUCGUUGUCUCCGAUCUCCUCAACUUUUCCUCCAGCCCGGAGCGAGUUGGCAACUGCAGCAAGGGAGCGAUCGGCAACUGCUCUUGCCUGAGCUCUAUCUUCCAUUUUAGUACCUACGCUGUUGCUGACGCAGAAGUUCCUGCCAACUCCGACACUCCUGCCCCCCCACCGCCGACCAACUCCCCGGCCCCGCCUUCCGAUAGCCCAGUUGCCCCGGCACCUGUCGCCCCGCCUGCAACACCGAGUGGAACUUCAACGUUGUCUGGCCUCAGCGGGCUCAAGCUGCUCGCCGUCUCGUUGCUCCUCUCGUUCGUUGCGUUGAUCUGA